AUGGAAAAAAUGACUUCUUGGCAUGAUACAAACUUAAGAUGGUUUAUAUUAGUGUUAAUUGGUGUUUAUCCAUUGGUGCAGUUCUUAAUAGGUGAAUAUCCAGCAUUAUUGGGAGAGUAGAUAAAAUCAUAUUUUGAAGUGUCAUAGGCAGAAAUUAAUUAUUUAUUGUCAUUUCGAUCAUUUCCAAAUAUGAUAAUGUCAUUAAUCGGUGGUUUGAUAAUAGAUACAUUUGGAGUAAGACGAUCCUAUGUCUUUUUUGGAUCAAUUGUGAUUAUUGGUUAACGUAUUUAUGAUAGAAAUAUAAAUAAAGUAUUGUGUUUCAUGUCAGUAAUUUUGAACAGUUUUAUUGUGAUGGUAAUUGGUAGAUUUAUUUUUGGAUUAUUUGAAUCAAGUGGUUUUGUGGCUGAGAGUUAUUAUAUUAACAAAUGGUUUAAAGGGAAGGAAAAUUCUCUUGCAUUUGGGUAAAUUUAUAAACUAUCAUAGAAUUGAUACUGGUAUUUGCAGAUUAGGAUCAAUUGCAGCUGCUAUCAUAUAUCCUUAUUUAUAUACAACUUCAAACAAUGAUUUAUCUUAAUGUUUGCUAAUGUGUCUCUAUAUAGCAAUUUUAAGUUUUAUAAUUAUUGUUAUUCUCACUUAAAUUGAUAGAUGUAGUGAUUUAAGAGAUAAAACAUCUGAUUAAAAAUUAGAUAGCAUUGAUCUUAGAUAAAUAAAACAAUUUAGUCUUGAAUUCUAUGUAACUUUAAUUAGUUGUGUAACCUGUUAUGCAGUAUUUUUUAUUUUUGGUUACAACAGUGUUGAAAUGUUUAAGCAUAUGUAAUUCUAAUAAGAAAAUUUAGAUAUAAAUUGGAUUAGAAAACUGCCAAUACAUUAUUUAGCAUCCCCUAUUAUCUAUCUGCAAUCUUAAGUCCUAUUGUUGGACAUUAUAUAGAUAAAAAAGGAAAGAAUAUUGAAAUUUUGUUAAUUGCAAGUUUUUGUUAAUUAUUAACUACAACAAUCUUUUAUUUAAUGCCAGAAUGUGAUACAUCAUGUGUUGCAUUUCCUAUGAUUGGAAGUAUAUUAAAUGGAUUAUUUUUUGGAACAUAUUAUGCUGUUAUGUGGCCACAUAUACCAUUAAUUGUUCCAUCUCAUAUGGUUGGAACAGGUUUUGGUUUAACAUUUGCUUGUAUAAACAUAGGUAUUAAUUCUUAAAUUAACAUCAAUAGAAAUAACAAGUUUUUCAUUUAUUGUUGCUAGCAUGUUGCAAAUUGAAAAUUACUAAAACUAUCAAUAAAUGAAUUAAUUGAUGUUAUUUUUAUCUCUUGUAGGUUUUAUUCCUUUAGUAUAUUUAUUCUAAUAUCAUCGAACAUAAUAUCAUAAAAAUAUUCAUGCUUAAACUGAUGAUAAUUUAUCUACAAAUUAAAUUGAAUUAAUUGUAAAAAGUAAACCAACUUGA